AUGACGCUGCGCGUGUCGGGUAUCCGCGAGGACAUGCUGGGCAUGAGCAGUCGACUGGACCUGGAGGCGUUGAGCUCCACGUCGUCGCUCCCGAUCGACCCGAAUUGGACCCCGAGCCACAUACGACUGCUCUACCUGCUGUCGCGGUUCGCGCAGUACCCAAAGUCGACGGACGAGGAGGAGAAGUGGCUGCGCAGUCUCCCGCUGCAGGUGAUGGUGUUCGAGGCCAUUGUGCACGGUCUGCUGGCCUUCGACUACUCGCCGGUAUGCACGAGCAUCGUCAAGGACGGCCAGUCGCGGCGCCUGUGGCUCAACAUGAGCCACGACGCCCGCGCCGCCAUCGACGACCUGCGGGAGCACGAGCUGGUGCAGGCGCUCAAGACCUGCAGCGAGGACUUCCAGCCGUCCACGGCCUUCCAAGUGACGGAGAAGGGCAUGAAGGUGCUGCUGACGCUGCUCCCGGGGCGAGACAAGCAGCGACUCGACGAGUUCCUCGCGUCUCCCGGCGAGAUGAACGCCACCGUCUCAUCGGCCACGUCCCCCUCGGGCCUCGUUCUGGUGGACAACGCACUGCUCAAGAUCACGUACGACCCGGACAAGGGCCACUUCCGCAUUCGACGAGGGGAUGGGAGCGUCUACAUCUCGCGCGUGACGGACAUCGAGGAGGUGUCGUACGUCUCGAGUCCGUACUUGCCGUCGUGUCUGAUGAAGAACGGCACGGCCAACUUCUCGUCCAAUGCCUGGCAGGUUGAUAAGUGCCGCAAGGCAGCGGCCAAUGCGGGGAGCAGCAGCAUCCAGGACGCAGACCUGUCGUUCGCCAUUGUGCUGGAGAAUGUGAGGCUGAUGGUGGGCGAGUGGAUCCCCUUUGGGCCGAACCAGAUCGUGCUGCUCAAUGAUCGUUUGGGAGCUCUCGAGCGCUGUCAAGGUGGGCUGUUCACGUCGGAGCUUGACGACGCACCGACUUCCACCUCGCUCGCUAUCCCCUUGGGGCUCACGAAGAUUGCGAUUGUGGACUUUGAGUUCGACAGCUUCACAAACUUCGAGGCAGACAUCUACGAGCCGAUUGAGGACGGCAUCAUCCAGAUCGAGAGCUUUGGCAUGCACCUGAAUGGAGACGGAUCGAUCAUGUACGGGAUGGAGAUUGACGCUACCAUGGACCGCUCGGCCGACUUCCUGUGUGUUGAUCAUCUUGCUCGGUUGCUGGUAGAUGUCGAUUUGGACUCGUCCAAGAUCAUUAACGACUUGUUGUCGCCUCACCAGCGCGCACUAAUGGAUAUGUUGUUCAUGGGCGACGCACGAUCGCGAAACAAGUUCGCGUUGUUGACGGCAAGCGGCAUUUCUCCAAAGCUCCCAGCGCGAGCGUACCUUGAUCGAGGCGAGAAGGAGAACGAGCUGAAGCAGGUCCUAGGCGAGCUCCAUUCAGUUCAUGAUAUUGGCCUGGAUGAUAAGCUGCUGGUUGGCCACGACGGUAUGCUGCUUGCUGGCCCGAACGCCAACAAGCACGAGCCGCUGCUGGUCGCACACUUGGCUCUGCUGUCCCGGGAACUAGUCGUGCGUUUCUUCUUCAAGCGUACCUUCAUUCUGGGCGACGUAUUGGCACGUGCGAGGAACUACAUGACCAGUUACGAGAUGAAUCCUGAAGCAAUGGACGACAUGCGCGACAGGGUCAGUCGCUGUGCGCACGAUUUGGUGCUUCUGGAGGAAAUUCUCGAGCUGUUGCGGGAGUCACUGCACGACUUGGCGCUCACGAUCCCCCCGCGCCCCACGCCAACUGCUGACGACCCCACCGGAGGAGGCGCCGCGCUUUACGAUCAUUUACAACUACGAAAGACUCACAAGGACUUGGAGCUGCGCUGCAAGGAUCUGGCGAAGUUAUUGCGAGGCUUCCGAGCCAAGCUGAAGCAAGUGCAGGGCCAAAAUAGUACGAUGGCCAAGACUGUGCUUGAAGGACUUGUCCUUGGUGUCGAGCGCAACGUUGGGGUGUUAGCAGAGGCCACACGUGCUAAUCAGCGCUCACUAACGGGCUCUUUCGACGUGCUGUUGUUUCUGUUUGCUGGAAUUCUAGCCUUUGAGGUGAUGGAUCGAAUCACGGAUGGCCACCUCCUGGGGGUGGAUGAAGCCACCGCGCCGUCGUUGCAAUGGAUAAAGGAUAUGAUAGUCGAGAACUUCAUCGACUACCCGGCCCUGUGGUUUGUGAUGGAUUGCAGCUGGUUGAUCAUCGUCGUGGUGAUCCUUCGAGCCGGCAUACGCAUUGCCUAUCGACGCCUUGCUCGCACUCAAAGGAUGGUAUUCGCUGAUUCUCCUCGGCGCAUCAACGUCGCAGCCGUGGAGCAAUUUAUACGCGCCCCGAUUGAUGAAGUAGUCUCACCUGAACCUGGAGCUGUACCGCCAGCAGCGAGGGGGCGAUGCAUUCGACGCCGGAAUCGAGUAAUCGAGUCGAGGAAAGCCAGUGUCAGAGGAUCUAUUCGCAUUGUGAAGGUUUUGUGGAGUGAACCAGCCAACCGACCAAAAUGCCAGACGUGGAUGGAGUUUUUUAUUCGAGUGCGUCAAAACUGGGAGCAGUUUAUCGCGCCGCCAGUCCGCACUCAACUGACGUACGACGCCACCAACGGCUUCCUCAUCGAUGUCAUCAUUCAUGCGGGACUGGCCACAGAUUGCUGCGAAGUGUAUGAGCAGCUCGUGAGUCAAAUGGAAAGUGCUGGGUGUUUCGACGAGCACUUCACGCCCCCGACCGUGUCCAAAUCGGAUACCUCUUCUCCAACCUCAUCGUCUCGCCAAUGGUUUCUACCCCGCUCGCUGACGCGCUGGAAUGUACCCGUGCACCCGACUCAGGAGACUUGA